AUGGCCGCUCAAGACCUUCCAAACGAAUUACUCGGGCGCAUCAUUGGCCUCAUGGAGCCAGCCUCUACCGCACUCACGGCACGAUCGGUAUGCCAGCGGUGGAAUACCUUGGCAGUACCACACGCGUUCCGAAAAAUAAUACUGAGACCGACGGAAGAGGGUUCGACGGAAGAGGGUUUCAAGGCGUGGGGUGCCUUGCUUGAAAAUGAGCGAAUUAAAGACGCAGUCCGCGAGAUUCUCAUCUACAGCCAUAUCACUGACGACGAUGAAGGGUAUUGGGACGAACUCCCGGCGGGGUUUAUCACCGCCUUGCAAAAAAUUGCCGAUCUCCACUACAUAGAGAAAAUCACAGUCAACUUCUCUCCAGUGUGCUGUGGCCCGGAAUCCAUAGGGCAAGGUAUUACAAGCCAUGAAACGUACGAAAAACGGAUCAGCGUCUUCGAAGCCGUGUUCAAUGCGAUACAGACGCGAUCGAACCAGCCCGGGAGGACGAGCAUCCGCUCAUUCGCGGUUGAAAAUAUGCAGAACGCGCCGAUUCCCACGUUCACAUCCUCAAGUCUCUUCAAGUCUGUGACUGAAGAUCUGGAGGAACUCGACCUCCACAUCGUUCAGGAGCACAGCGAAUCUCGACCAGAAUCGGAUCUUCAUGAAGUUGAGCUAGUGACUUUUGAGCCAUGGUUGCAAGACAGUUUGUUGAUGCCAAUGGCGAACUUAACAUCGCUGUCAUUAUGCAUUGAUGAAUUUUGGGGGACAGCACCAGGCACAUUCAAUGGCCGUGGCCUAGCAUUCCCUCGUCUCAAGAGCCUAAAACUCAAAUACUUCAACAUUUCACACUAUAAUCAUUUUGACUGGGUUCUCAAUCAGACCACAUUAGAGAGCUUGCGACUGGACAGUUGCACCAUUGCCACAAUACUGGAUCUCUGGAAUCCGGAAAUGCACGAUUGGGAGCCCAUUGCAGAGGAUACAUUUGGCAGUGACUUCGGAGAACUAUUUCUUUUUCCAGGGACUUGGGAGUUCAUAUUUGACAAAAUUCGUACCAGCCUACCCAACCUCGCCGACUUCGAAUUUUUCCCAGGGCCAAGAUAUAUCAGAGAAGAUCGCAAUUCUGUUCGAGAAGACAUCAACCCGACGCAGCAGACCACGGUCUUGUAUGGGUCUCGAUACAGUGCUUUUUGUGAAUCGGAAGGAUGGGUAGACCCGACAGAAUUUGGAGGCGUCAUCGAUUUCUGUGACUUGGAACCAAACGAACAAGCAAUGCUUGACCGGCACAAGCCUGCCGAAGAAGGGGAUCAAAGGGCCCUGGAUGAAUUGCUAGACGCAACUAAGAGGCGCCAAAAGCAAUGA